GCAGAGACUACCUGGGGGUUCGGACGAGCAGCAGAACCAAGUACUAAGCCGACAGAAGCGUCUAGAAAACACAAGGAUGGCGCCCUGGGCCAGCGUCUUGUAGGAAGACGCCGCCAAGUGACAGCCUCGCCUUUCUUUGGUCCUGUUGUCAGCACUGCAGUGGAGCCCGCGUCGCGCUUGUCGCCCAGCGCGCAGCUCGCGGAGGCCCGGCCGGCCAGGCGCCGAAGCCUGCGUUCCCGAACGCCGGCGCCGGGCGGGCCUCUCCGGGACGAGUCCGGUGCCUCCGCGCGGCACAGGCCGCCAGGGCGGGGUUCCCGGGGCCACCGCGACACGCGGGGCCGCCGCUGCGGAAACAGGAAGCUGCGGGGAUGCUGCGCGGCUGCGCUCCGCACAGGUUAAUUGCCAUUUCUUGUCACUGCAAACCGGAAACUCCUUGCCCUUUUAGGAUUGCAGGUGCAGGAGCUCUGAUUCUGGGGAGCAGAAGCCAAUUAAGGGACUUCAUACUAGUUUAAUCUCUGAGCUGUAUUCUUUAAAAGGUACAUGGCUAAGACCUGGACACCAUCUGCACCUCACCCAGGAUUCAACAGUUUUCUCCUGGUGAAUUCUUGAUGGAUUUGACCCUUGGUUGCUGAAACUCUUGGGCAGAAGAAAUGGCUAUCAUCAGACUGGAAUUUGAAAGGCACAAUUUUUGUCUGUUAAAGAGGAGUUUCUUGCUGUUGAAACUCAUAGCUGUUAUCUUUGCCAUGCUUUUAUUUUGUGAAUUUUUAAUCUAUUACUUAGUGAUCUUACAGUGUAAUUGGCCUGAGAUGAAAACUGCAGCUCACGAUGGUAAACAAGAGUCUCCUGAACCUGUGUUGAAAGCCAUGUUUUUGGCUGAUACCCACUUACUUGGGGAAGUAAGAGGCCAUUGGCUGGACAAAUUACGAAGGGAGUGGCAAAUGGAGAGAGCCUUCCAGACCGCUCUGUGGUUGUUGCAGCCAGAGGUGGUCUUCAUUCUGGGGGACGUCUUUGAUGAAGGGAAGUGGAGCUCCGCCCAGGCCUGGGAGGAUGAUGUAGAGCGGUUCCAGAAAAUGUUCAGACACCCACGUCAUGUGCAGCUGAAGGUAGUUGCUGGCAACCAUGACAUUGGCUUCCACUAUCAGAUGAGCACAUAUAAAAUAAAACGAUUUGAGAAAGUUUUCAAUCCUGGAAGGCUGUUUUCUUGGAAAGGAAUUAACUUUGUGAUGGUCAACAGCAUUGCACUGGAAGGGGACGGCUGCACCAUUUGCUCUGAAGCAGAAGCUGAGCUCAUCGAAAUCUCUCACAAGCUGAACUGCUCCCGAGAGCAGGGACCCCGCCCCAACCCCUGUGGAGAUGGGCAGCCGCUGCCAGCCUCAGCCCCUGUCCUGCUGCAGCAUUACCCGCUUUACCGGAGAAGCGAUGCCAACUGUUCUGGGGAGGACGCGGCACCUCCAGGUGAAAAGGACGUCCCCUUUAAGGAGAGAUACGACGUGCUUUCCCGGGAGGCUUCGCAGAAGCUGCUGUGGUGGCUGCAGCCACGCCUGGUCCUGAGUGGCCACACGCACAGUGCCUGCGAGGUGCUCCACGGGGCAGGCGUCCUCGAGCUCAGCGUGCCGUCUUUCAGUUGGAGGAACAGAAACAACCCCAGCUUCAUCAUGGGCAGCAUGACAUCGAGAGAGUAUGCUCUCGCCAAGUGCCACCUCCCCUUCGAGGACACAGUCCUGACCAUAUACUGUGGAGCAGCUGCGUUCCUGGUGGUCCUCAUAUUAGUUCACUGUGGGCUUCUAGCCUCACCUUUUGUUUCUGGUUGGAAACUGCUCAGAAAAUUUAAGACAGUAUGAAGAGCAGGAGACCUUUUGCAAUUAGUAAAAAAUAUCAAAGACAAAGUCACAACUCCAGUCAGUGCUCAUCUGAGAUGAGGCCAAAGGUGGCUGUCUUUGUGCACAUCCUAAAAAUUCUAAAUCACUGAUGCACAUUACUGCAGAAUAAAUAGUUGAUUGUAUUGUUCUCAUGCUAUAAAAAUGGAACAUGUA